CACCACUCUAACAGAAAAUUAAUUGGAUUAUUGAAUCCAAUUUAUAAAUUUGUUUCAUUUUUAUAUUAUAUUUCACUGUAUAUUAAUUAAAUGGAUUGGAUUCUUAGUCUGAAGGUAGAUCAGAGAGGAUUCGUCUCAGAAGCCGACAGAGAGGAAUUUUUCAGAAGACAGUUCAGAAUACCAGAAAAUACUACGUGUUUUGAAUGCGGAUUUUCAAACCCAAAAUGGUUAUCACUGUCGUUUGCGAUUUAUUUGUGCCUAAACUGCUCUGGAAGGCACAGGCAACUGGGCUCACAUAUAUCUUUUGUUCGGUCUGUAGAUAUGGAUAGAUUCAUGAGGGAUCAGCUAGUAAGGUUACAUGUAGGAGGAAACAAGAAAUUUAAUGAAUAUCUUAUCUCUCAAAAUUUGAAAGAUAAACCUACUAAUUAUGACAAUAGGAAGGUUUUGUCGUACUCAUACACUCUAGAUGACGAAGUUGCUAAGGUUAAAGGUGAAAAAGAACCAGAAGAUGAAUCUCCUGCAAAAGAAGAUGUAUCCCCAAAUGUAGAUCCCGAUCAAAUGGAGAAUUUUCUUCAAUCAGAGCAAUUCACAUUUGCUGAGCUGGAGAAGGCAAUGAACGAGUUAAGUUUUCAGAGCUCACUCAGAGACGAUGCUGAAAAGUUUGCCACCACAAAAAUUGAUGAUUUCAGUGAUUUGAUUAGCUUAGAGACACCUUCUUUUGACCCUAGUACUUCUACCGCCACUAAGGCCCCUGAACAAUCUAAUACCAAUGAUAAGUUUGAUUUUAACAAAUUUGACCCAUCGACAUUUGAUCAUGCUAAUUUCAACCUUGAUAAUUUCUCAGAUUUUUUGUCUAGUGGUAAUAUUCAGGAUACCAUGAGUGCUAGUGAUCCUUUCUUGAAUAUGGACUUCUCAAAGCCAGUACCAUCCACAAGUGCUUUCAACCGAGUUCCAAAUAAUAACUUCGGAACUAGUGAGGGAGUUUCCAGGCAAAAGAGGUCCGCAAAGAACAAGUUCUCAACAAGGGCGGACGAUUUCGACUUCGAAACCUUUGAAAAGGAAAAUAAUCUUGAAUCUACAUUUCCAAGUACGUCGCUCCAUGGAGAUGACUCUUCAAGUUCUUAUUCUGCUCCUAAAUCUCCCAUUCCAGACUUAACAAGUCCAUUUCCUUUUUCCAAAUCACCUCCUCUUUCAUCUAGUAUCCCAUCACCUUCGGCAUUUCCGGGUGCUACCCAAAAUCCAUUACAAUCCGCACCUCUUACAGUAGGUGUCAAUAACACAGCAGAUGGAAGUCUUCCACCUCCAUUUUUAAAUAAUGAACUUUUACAAGGUCUUAACAUGCCAAAUCCUCCUGAUUUAUCACAAUUUGAAGGGAAAUCUUCAAUUUCAUCGGACGCUUUCUUCGGCGGCAAGAUGCCUCAAGGCUUCUCACCCACCCGUUUUAGUCCUGGUACUCAGGCUUUUAGUUCUGAUGAGUACUUUGGGAAACCCAGGCCUCCAAAUCUUCACUACGUUCCAACCAUAGAGGAACAGGCUCUUCAGAAUUUGAAUGAGCUUAGGGAAAAUUUAGUUAACGCCAUCAAUAAGGGCGGAGCACUAUUGGAAAAGGCUAAGCAGUGGCUUAACGCGAACCAAUUUUAGUUUGUAACUAAUAUUGUAAAAUAUA